GUCCAUUGAAGCCCAUCCUGAUCCCGAUCCCGAUCUGCAUCCACCUACUUCCGACAUUUCGACGGGCUCCAUUCUUACAGUCUUGGAGACUCUAGCGCUUGAAGAUAUUAGCACGGAGCAGGAUACCACGGUUGAAUUGCGGGAUACGACACCACCAAAUCACACCGCAAUCUAGCCACGAUGGCGCAAGUUCUCCUCGACCUCUUCUACUCCUUCGGGAACUGCCUUAACUGCUUCCCCGGAUCGCCCACCCUCAAGAUCAACAGCCGGAGCUUCAAGAUCCAACGGCUCCUUGGCGAGGGCGGCUUCUCCUACGUCUACCUCGUCGAAGACACCGCCACCCAUGAUCUCUUCGCCCUGAAGAAGAUCCGCUGCCCCUUCGGUGCCGAGUCGGUCCAGCUGGCCAUGCGCGAGGUCGACGCCUACCGCCUCUUCGCCCACGUGCCCACCAUCAUCUCAGCCUACGACCACUCCGUGGCCACGGAGCGCGGCGCCGACGAGUCGACCAAGACCGUCUACGUGCUUCUGCCCUACUACAAGCGCGGCAACCUGCAGGACAUGAUCAACGCCAACCUUGUCAACCACGACCGCUUCCCCGAGCGCCGCCUCAUGCUGCUCUUCCUCGGCGUCUGCAACGCCCUGCGCGCCAUGCACGACUACAAGCCCGCCGUCGAGCGCAUGGAUAUGGGGCGCGAGGAGGACCAGGUUCAAAACGAGGGUGGCAAGUCCGGCAGGAGGAUGAACACGAGGGGCAAGAGGACGGAGGAGGAGGAGGAGGGUGAACAAGAGAGGCCGCUGAUGGAGGCCGAAAACCAGGUCAGCGGUGGCAGGACGACGAAUCAGUCGUAUGCCCAUCGCGAUAUCAAGCCAGGCAACAUCAUGAUCGACGACACCGGCUCUAUGCCCAUCCUCAUGGACCUCGGCUCCGUCGCCAUUUCACCCAUCCCCGUCACCUCGCAGUCCCUCGCCCUCCAGAUCCAGGACACGGCCGCCGAGCACUCCACCAUGCCGUACCGCGCACCGGAGCUCUUCGACGUCCACACCGGCACCGUCAUCGACACAAAGGUCGAUAUCUGGUCCCUCGGCUGCACCCUCUACGCCUGCCUCGUCGGCAAGUCCCCCUUCGAGAUGCGCUCCGACGAGACCGGUGGCACCCUGUCCCUCUGUGUCCUCGGCGGCGACUGGCGCUUCCCCGACGAGGGCCCCCAGGGCGUCAAGCGCUCCAGCAGCAUGCGACCUCAGCAGCAGCAGCAGGCCCAGGCUGCCAACACUGUUGAGAUUAGCGAGCCUAUCCGCGAGGUUGUGCGAAAGUGCCUGCGUAUCGAACCCGCCGAGCGACCCGAUAUCAACGAGCUUAUCGACAUGGUCCAGACCGUCAUUGAGGAGCUGCCCGACGACGCCAACUGAGGGAUGUUUACUGCUGGAGUUUUAAUCUUGGUUAGGAAUAUAUGAGAAGUGACGACAGAGGAGGAGAGGAUGUAGGAUAUUUUGGAUAUUUUAUCUUGUCUACCUGGGGGCACUAGUUUACGUACGACUUCGCUUAGCUUUACUAGGCCUAUUUGCCGCGUCAUAGGAAGGGGCAACGGCGUUUUAGGGAAUUCCAUCGA